AUGGUGUGCGCCUCUUCGACGACAGUCAGCCUGACCACGCCACAGCAGUCCAAACCUUUUCCGAGGUCCAGCCAAUCGAUCCGAGAGAGGCGGAGGAUCUUUGAGCAGCCUGUCAACCCGUCGACUAAUGAUCUUCCUCAUUUUUAUCAUUUGACUAACUCCUCAUUGGCCGUCUCCAUCGCCUCGCCCAGCCACUCUGCAUCCGGAGGCGCCUAG